GUCUGAUUGUCCUACUUCGGGACGGGAAGGGAUGGCUCCACCACAGCGACGCGAACGAAUUGUGCCCUGCGUGAAAUGCAGAGAGAAGCACCUAAAAUGCGACGGCGAGAUACCAUGUUCUCACUGCAAGAAGUCGGAGUCUCGAUGUAUGCGAGUGAACAACAAAUUCAGGUUCAAACGGGUAGUUAUGACCGAGAAACGAUUUUCCUUCGACGUCGAUCAGCCUUGGUUACAGACGACCCCGGACAGUUUCCAGGCUCGCCCUCUCGCCACUGUCGAUGAAUCCAAAAAGCCAUCAGAAGACACGAAUCCGAAACCAAAACAUACAUCGGCAGCACCGAUUUCCGAUAUCAUCUCUCAGGAUGAAGAGCCAAAUACCCAAGUCGACGAUCAGAUUCACGACCAUAUAACUGUCUCAGCGGAAUUACUUCAGUCCAUCUCACAAAGAGAACACAGUAAUCCAUCUGUCGUGAUGGCUUCAACCAUCUGUGGCCUCACUAUCCGUCACGUGACCUCGGUUACAUAAUCACCGAGGCCCACACUCGCUCGCAUCACCUAUUUCAGAGCGAGCGCAACAUACCUCGAAAGGUACCCACUGUUAGUAA